CGCCCGUAUGUGUCAAACUUUUUUUUUUGGUAUUUUGAGCUGGUGAAGACGAUAGUGCCAAUGUUUUUUCGCGAAUAAAUUAUUGUAAACAUGGCAAAUACGGGUUUAUUGCCAUUUGUGCGCGGUGUAGAUUUUACACGUAACGAUUUCAGCGAUGACAAAUUCCCUGAAGCUAUUCGAUACAUGACUGGGCUUCAAUGGUUAAGGCUCGAUAAGACAAAUUUAUGUGAUGUACCUGAGGAGUUGGGAAAGCUUAUGAAAUUGGAAAACCUUUCUCUCAAGAAGAACAACUUGGAGAAAUUGUUUGGUGAACUAACAGAAUUGAAAUGCUUACGGUCUCUGAAUGUAAGACAUAACAAAGUGAAGAGUUCGGGCAUACCCGCUGAGCUCUUCCGGCUAGAAGAGUUGACUACACUGGACCUUUCCCAUAACAGACUGAAGGAAGUGCCUGAAGGACUGGAGAAAGCUAAAUCGUUACUUGUCUUGAAUCUUAGUUAUAACAAAAUAGAAAGCAUCCCGCCGACGCUGUUCGUGCAGUUGACGGACCUGCUGUUCCUGGACCUGUCGCACAACCAGCUGGAGACGCUGCCGCCACAGACCAGGAGGCUGGCGAACCUCCAGACCCUCAUACUCAAUGAUAACCCGCUCGGAAUGUUUCAGUUGAGACAACUGCCAUCCCUGCAAAGCCUCGAGACCCUGCACAUGCGAAACACGCAGCGCACAGUUGCCAACCUGCCUACCUCCCUGGAGACACUGUCCAACCUGUGUGACGUAGACCUCUCAAGAAACGCCCUCACUAAAGUGCCCGACGCUCUCUACUCGCUGCUCAGUCUGAAAAGGCUCAAUCUGAGCGACAAUGAAAUCGCUGAGGUUUCUUCUGCAAUGGACAUGUGGCAGAAGCUGGAGAGCCUGAACUUCUCCAGGAACAAACUGACCUCCCUCCCGGCCUCCCUCUGCAAGCUGCAGAACCUGCGGCGGCUGCAUGUGGACGACAACCAGCUGGACUUCGAAGGCAUACCCUCGGGCAUCGGGAAACUUGGAGCUCUAGAGGUGUUCUCCGCCGCUAACAACCUACUCGAGAUGAUCCCAGAAGGGCUUUGCAGAUGUGGCUCUUUAAAGAAGCUAAACCUGAGCUGUAACAAGUUAAUCACACUCCCCGACGCGAUUCAUCUCCUGAGUGACUUGGAGAGCUUACAGCUCCACGGCAACCCUGACCUGGUCAUGCCUCCGAAGCCAGUAGAGAGGUCCAGAGGGGCGGGGGUGCAGUUCUACAAUAUAGACUUCUCCUUGCAAACGCAACUGCAGCUAGCUGGAGCCACCACGCCUUCGCCUGCUACGCCUAGCAGUAUAAAAUCAGACCCAAUAGCGCGCAAGCUGCGCCUGCGCCGCGGCAGGGCGGAGCCCGAGCAGAAGGAUUCAGCCCUCAUCCUGCGCGGCAUGCAGGAGCAGGCCAACACACAGCACAACGACACGGGCACUGAACAGAAGAAUAGUGAGCUCAAACCGAAGCGCUGGGACGAGAGCCUCGAGAAGCCACCGCUAGACUAUUCGGAGUUCUUCGACGAAGACACGGGGCAGACGCCCGGCCUGCUCGUCUGGGAGAUCGAGAACUUCAUACCCGCGCCUGUCGACGAGGUCGCCCACGGGAAGUUCUUUGAAGGCGACUGCUACAUCAUCCUGAAGACAGCCAUUGAGGAACAAGGACAGCUGUCUUGGGACAUCCACUUCUGGAUCGGGUCGAAAGCUACGUUGGACAAGGGCGCAUGCGCGGCGAUGCACGCGGUGAAUCUGCGCAAUCUGCUGGGGGCCAAGCGCACGCAGCGGCACGAACAAGGGGACGAGACGGCGGAGUUCCUCGCGCUGUUCCCCACGCCGCCCGUCUACAUACAGGGCAGUCACACGCCCUCCGGGUUCUUCACGGUCGACGACCCGCACUACGUGACCCGGUUGUACCGCGUGCACGGCGCCGGGACGGGGGUGCAUUUAGAGCCGGUGGCUGUCUCCGCGGACUCCCUCGACCCCAGAUAUGUGUUCGUGCUCGACACCGGACUCACCAUCUACCUCUGGAUUGGCAAGAAAGCGAAGAACACGCUAAAGUCGAAGGCUCGGUUGUUCGCCGAGAAGAUAAACAAAGAAGAAAGGAAGAACAAAGCGGAACUAGUCGCGGAGCCACCCGGCAAGGAACCGCGCAGCUUCUGGGAGAUACUGGGCUACGACGGUGACACACCAUUUGUGCCUAAAGAGCACGUCCCAGAAGACAUCUCGUGGGCGCCGCCGCGGCUGUACCGCGUGGAGCUCGGCAUGGGCUACCUGGAGCUGCCGCAGCCCGAGGCUGCGCCGCUCGCUCGCCACGUACUCGCCACCAGAAACGUGUACAUACUCGACGCGCAUACCGACGUGUUUGUGUGGUUCGGCAAGAAGUCAUCUCGGUUGGUCCGCGCGGCGGCUGUGAAGCUAGCGCAGGAAUUGUUCAACAUGGUGGCGCGACCGCCGCACGCGCUGGUCACACGGCUGCAAGAGGGGACUGAGACACAAGUGUUCAAGACAUACUUCCAAGGUUGGGAGGAGGUGAUCGCGGUGGACUUCACGCGCACGGCCGAGUCGGUCGCGCGUACCGGCGCCGACCUCGCUAGCUGGGCCAAGCAGCAGGAAACUAAAGCGGACCUAUCAGCUCUUUUCACGCCGCGUCAGCCGCCGAUGCCGGCGUCAGAGGCCAAGACGCUCGCGGACGAAUGGAACGAAGACUUAGAGGCCAUGGAGGCCUUCGUGCUUGAAGGCCGACACUUCGUUCGUCUACCAGACCAUGAGCUGGGCAUCUUCCACAGUCAGGACUGCUAUGUCUUCCUCUGUCGAUACGUGCUGCCUGCUGAGCCAGAAGACGAAAGUGAAGGCUCGAACACAGGGGAUGCAGACGAGGACUCGGAGACAGCAUCCUGGGUGGUAUACUUCUGGCAAGGGCGGAAGGCUCCCAACAUGGGCUGGUUGACCUUCACAUUCGGGCUCGAGAGGAAGUUUAAGCAGCUGUGCAAGAGGUUAGAUGUCGUCAGGACGCACCAGCAGCAAGAGAGCUUGAAGUUCAUGGCGCAUUUCCAUAGAAGGUUCAUUAUUAGGGACGGCAAGAGGAAUCAGAAGCCGGAGGGUGGUCGUCAGCCGGUGGAGCUGUUCGAGCUACGAAGCAAUGGAUCGGCGCUAUGUACGCGGCUGGUGCAAGUCAAGGCAGACGCAUCGCAGCUCAACAGUGCCUUCUGCUACAUCCUAAACGUGCCGCUGGAAGGCUCGAACGACACGUCGUCUGCGAUCGUGUACGCGUGGAUCGGCAACAAGGCGGACGCCGACUGCGCGCGGCUCAUCGAGCAGAUCGCCGAGGAGAAGUUCAACAACCCCUGGGUCAGCCUUCAGGUUCUAACGGAAGGCAGCGAGCCCGACAACUUCUUCUGGGUGGCGCUGGGAGGCCGCAAGCCGUACGACACGGAGGCCGACUACCUCAACUACACGCGGCUUUUCCGCUGCUCCAACGAGAAGGGCUACUUCACCGUCUCCGAGAAGUGCACCGACUUCUGCCAGGACGACCUGGCUGACGACGACAUAAUGAUCCUGGACAACGGCGAGCAGGUGUUCCUGUGGCUUGGCGCCAAGUGCUCCGAGGUCGAGAUCAAACUCGCCUACAAAUCUGCGCAGGUUUACAUUCAACACAUGAAGACAAUGCAGCCAGAGCGGCCUCGCAAGUUGUUCCUCACCCUCAAGGACAAGGAGUCUCGACGGUUCACCAAAUGCUUCCAUGGCUGGGGCGAGCACAAGCGCCCUCCAGAGUAAAAACCAGAUCUGACCACACAACCUCUAUAGAGUAGAGGAUAGAGUUUAAGAUGACAAUCAAAGAUGUAUCAGAUAGUAUUGAGCAUUUUUGACUCCCAUUUGUAAAGCUAAAGUGACUCCUUACCAAUAGUAUUAGUAUGGAAAGUUGUAAUCAAAAGACACAUAAUUUUAGAUGAAUGUUGUCAUAUUUCAGUAUUAUGUCUUGUAUAGAAUCACAUGUUUGCACAAUUUUCAGCUAAGUAUUGUCCAGUAUGGGCUUCCACACUAAAAGAAUCCAUUUUGAAAAAAUGAAAGACUGAAUUAUGCCAUUUUCAAGUCAUUUAUUUGUCUUUUCCUUUUAAAACUAUUAAGCACAAGAGAAGGAUGAGAUUUUUAAUAUAUAUUUAUUGCUAAAGGGAAGAGUACUGAGUAACCUUUGACUAGCAUAGCAGAGAUUGCAUUUUGGUUGUUACUCUAAGGACAAUGUAUUUAUUGUGCAUUUUAUUAAAUGCAUUUAUAUAUUUAUUAAAAUUCUACACAUUCAGCUGUAUAUAAAAUGCUGUAUAUUUAUGAUUGAUGCUGUGUAAAACUUGUAAAUAUAAGUGAUAGAUAAAAAAAGGAUUUUAUAAUGCCACUAAUAUAAAAUAAAAAUUAAUUAAUAAAUUGGCAAAUUGUGCGAUAUUUGAAUUGGAGCGCUUGAGCACAAAAUGUAUUACAUUAUAUGUAGCUUUUGUAACAAUUCUAUAAUAUUUUUAACAAUAAAUAGAAAACAUUAA